GGGAAGGUGUGAAGCCCCGGGCCUCCGUCUGGCCCGUGGGUCCGGGGACGCGCGCCCGCGGCGAUGGCUCCAUCUGGCCCCUGGGCUGUGUCCAGUCACAGCUCACAUAGCUCUGGGCACUGGUACCCCGACUGCCUCUCCCGGUUAGCUGCGAUCCACGAAAACACGAGCCAGAUCCUUUCCUUAGGCCAGGAAGCCUGGAAUCUAAUAACACUGAGCGGUGGAUAAAGUCCCCUGAGCCAGAGCUUAGGUUCCGAUAAUAGACUCAUGGAUGGAAGCGGAUGUCAGGCGCCGUGGGGGAGAAAUUUGCGGAGGGUGACCCUGUCUAGGACCAGAGUAACAACCUCUGAAGCUUUGAUCCAGCCCUAGAUGGAAGAAAGAUGUGAGUUUCAGCCAGGGAAACCUAGCAUUUUAAGAAAUAGAAACCCUUUCAAAAUUUGAGGACAGGUAGCUCUCCUAAAAGUUGCAGAAAUGGCCACCCUUUCACGUUUUCUUCGACCGUAUUCUGCGGUGUCUGCCUUUUCCUUUUUGUCUCAUAGGGUCGAAUAGCUUUCCAAACAGGCCUGCCUACAGCAUUUUUCCUGCAAUUUUACACUCAUUUUAAUGGGAAGGAUGGCUUAUUGUUCAUGAGAAACGUGUACUGUUUUUAACCAGACAUGCAAUAUCUUCAGUAUAACCCGGGUAUUGCGUAGUGGGGAACUAUGGAAAGACUCUGGACACAUGGUGAGGUAGGGGCCCAGUGGCUUCAGACUUAGCUUUUCGUGACUGCGAGCUUCUUGGUUGAAUAAGGAUAUUGGCACCCUCUGUUCCUGGGGUUUCUGGAAAAAGAUAUGAAGCUGAUAUGAACGUAUUAUUGAAUAUGGCCCACUGAUUUUACAAGCAGAAGUGCUUGAGAUAAGCAGAAGGUGAGGCAUGACCUCUGGCUGUGCAUUAUUUGUUCUGAUAUUACAGGAGCAAGCACUCCAUUUCCUUCUUUUUAAAGAGCUUUGAUUUCCUCUGGAAUCUUCAUGACGAUGGAAACAGUAUCCCCACUUACUUAUCCUCAGGCCACACCUGUUCCCAUUUAUUCUGUGAGUUCCUCACUUACCCUUCUGGUCGAUGGUUUGAUGGCGUAAGCGAAGCUAUUAAAACUCACAUUUGGCACCGGUUAUGUCUGUUUCUUAUCUCCCCCUAUGUUCAGUUAGACAUUGGCUGCCAUACUUAACUGUUCAAAGUACAGAUGUUACCUGUGUUGGGUGUAAUCAAAAGAUUAUCUCUUUGCCUCAAACGUAAAAUGGGUGAGGACAGUUUCACCACACAUAGAGUCACUCCCCUAGCCAAAGUCCUUGCUAUUGCUAAACUUUUAUUGUAAGAGAAGUGAAGUCACUAGAGUGUCAUCAGAUAAUGGGAUCUUGCAGACACAUUCCAUAUUUGUUUCCAUAGACAGGUCAUAAGACAAACACUAAACUAUAUGAGACCAAAAUGAGACCAUAACUGAAUAUGAACAAUUAGAGGCCUCAGGUGUCCUGAUGGCAAAUUUCAAGGGCCAUGCACUCCCAGGGAGUUUCUUCCUGAUCAUUGGGCUGUGGUGGUCAGUGAAGCACCCUCUGAAGUACUUCAAUCACAAGCAGAAGAACAGCCUACUGCAUUGCUAUUAUCAGCGUGUCGAGAUCUUCGAAGCCGCAGUCAGGACCUUGUUUUCCAUCACUGGGAUCCUGGCAGAGCAGUUUGUUCCAGACGGGCCCCACCUGCACCUCUACCAUGAGACCCACUGGAUAAAGUUAAUGAAUUGGCAGCACAGCACUAUGUACCUAUUCUUUGCAGUCUCAGGAAUUGUUGACAUGCUCACCUAUCUGGUCAGCCACGUUCCCUUGGGGGUGGACAGACUGGUUAUGGCUGUGGCAGUAUUCAUGGAAGGUUUCCUCUUCUACUACCACGUCCAUAACCGGCCUCCGCUGGACCAACACAUCCACUCACUGCUGCUGUAUGCUCUCUUUGGAGCGUGUGUCAGUAUCUCUCUAGAGAUGAUCUUCCGGGACCACAUUGUGCUGGAACUUUUCCGAACCAGUCUCCUCAUUCUUCAAGGAACCUGGUUCUGGCAGAUUGGGUUUGUGCUAUUCCCACCUUUUGGAACACCCGAAUGGGACCAGAAGGAUGAGGCCAACCUCAUGUUCAUCACCAUGUGCUUCUGCUGGCACUACCUGGCUGCCCUCAGCAUCGUGGCCAUCAACUAUUUUCUUGUUUACUGCUUUUUGACUCGGAUGAAGAGGCAUGGAGGAGGAGAAAUCAUUGGAAUUCAGAAGCUGAAUUCAGAUCACACGACAGCCCUCCUGAGUGGCUCAGAUGAGGAAUAAGCCGGCAUGUGGAGGGCGUAGACAUCCCACUGAACAGCUGGAGUGAAUGGAGUUUAUCCCCUGAAUGCCUGCUGUGGUCUGAUUUUAAGAGUCUAUGUAUUUGCACUCCUCAUUCAACACAAGGCUGAAGGUUCUAAAACAGGAAAUCAGGCCUACAGCAUCCUAUAUAUCUUGCAGUUACAAUUUUUAAAUAUAAUGUAAAGUCUAUGUUGGUACAGUACCCUUCAUAAAGAAAAAUGAAGUAAUGCCUCUGAGCAGCAGGCCCUUGUGUCUCAGUGUAAAGAGAAAUCAAGAGAUGCUAAAAGCUUUACAACCCAAGCGGCCCUAUGGAUGAAUCCAGGAUAUGAGCUCAGCAGGAGAACUUGUUGCUUUUGGUAACUUACCCCUUUUUCUCUUAAGCAAGCAGGUACUUUCUUAUCAGAAAUAUGUUAGAAUGUGUAAACAAAUGACAGUGCCUUUCGAGUUGCAGGUCUAACUUACAUAUUUUUUAUAAGUAAAAUAAUCCACAGGC